AUGGAGUCUGAGUGGCAGCAUCGUUGCAAAGCUUACCGCUUUGUGGCCUACUCGGCCGUCGCCUUUUCGGUGGUCGCCAUUCUUGGAGCAGCUACCACUUUACCCAUGGUUUAUAAUUAUGUACAUCAUGUCCGGCGGACAAUGCAUAACGAACUUAACUUCUGCAGGACGUCUGCUCGCGAUAUCUGGUCUGAGGUAAAUGGCAUGAGACUGCCAGCUAAUCGUACCGCCCGUCAGGCUGGUUACGGAGGAGAUGAAGAAGUGAAGGGAACCGCCAACUACGCUAACAACGGUGGAAACGACUGCAGCGCUUGCUGUUCAGGAGGAGCCGCUGGACCAGCAGGAACUCCAGGAAACCCAGGACGACCAGGAAACCCAGGAGCUCCAGGAGCCCCUGGAAACCCAGGCCAACCACCAGUUCAGCCUUGCGACGAGUACACCACUCCUCCAUGCAGGCCUUGCCCACCUGGACCACCAGGACAGCCAGGAGCCCCCGGACAGCCAGGAGACGCCGGAAGCAACGGAAACCCAGGAGGACCAGGAUAUCCAGGAGGCCCAGGAGGACCGGGACCCAAGGGACCCCCAGGACCCGCCGGAAACCCAGGAUACCCCGGAGGACCUGGUCAGCCUGGCCAGCCUGCCUAUUCCCAACCACCUACCCCAGGAGCACCUGGACCUCAAGGACCACCUGGACCCCAAGGACCACCCGGAAGCGAUGGACAGCCAGGAUAUCCCGGAGGACCUGGAGCAACGCUCAAGGGACCACUUUGA